AUGAGGCGCCGGGUCAAGAUCGCGCGCGAGCAGGACCGCGUUCUCGACAGGAUUUUGGACCAACAGACAGUUAUGCUAAAUGGCAAGCAGCUGCUCGGAUUCGAUGCUGUCAUGGACAGGCUAACUAAUCAUCCAAAAAUGGUCGAGAUUGGGCCUACAAUCCUGAACGAGAUCCAUGGCGAUCUCAACAUCCACAAUAUCCUCAGCCGGCUGAACCCCGAUGAGGACGAAGACUUGGCACUCAUCGACCCGCGCGGCGUUCCACUGCUUGGCGACAACUUGGACAAAAAGUUUGAGCGUGGUGACUACUUGUACGAUAUUUCGAAACUUCUCUUCUCCCUGACCGGCUUCUCGGAAAUCCGGAAGCGGCUCUUCAACUACGCUGCCGACGGCGACUCGCAUUGGCUCACAAUCGCGCCCCAUCCGGGCUCCGACACGAUGAAUGAAGCCGCCCACCUACUGAUCCCCGAGCUGGUGGCUAACCAGACGGUAAGACGCUGGAUUGAAAGCGUGGAGAAGCGCAGUGUCGAGUCCUUCGAGCUGCGGGUCAGGGUCGGCGAGGCAGCCCACUUUGUCGCUGACUGCGCUUGCGCUCUCGGCAGGGAUACUCCUUGGGAGAUCGUCCCUCUGUUCCUGCUCGGGCUCAAGAGGCUCAACAGCGUCGUCGAUCAUCUGGAUAAUGGUAGCGGCUCGCUACUUACGGAGCCGAAGUCAAAGGAGGUUUUCGCGUCGUCCGUGCAGCCAAGCGCAGACUUGGGAGUAGCAAAGAUUCAACGCACGCUCUUUAAAACAGAUAGUGCGGCGGCAUGGCCCUACGACGUGCUGGAGAUCUCGAUCAAAUCCGAGUCAGCGUCGAUGGCCCAGAGGUUGCUGCGGGAUUUGGUCGGAACGUACCUACCCAAUAGGACGGUAGUCCAUCUGUCGACCGAUCCGCUCGAGGAAGGCCAUCUUCUUCCCUAUUUCCGUUCCCCCCACCGCCAUCUCAUUGUCCUAAUUCAUCCUUCCAGAGGGAUCAGGGGCCAGACGCAUAUGCUCGCGGCCGCAGCGCGCAGGAGUACGGCCUUUUUCAGGGACAACCCCUUCAUCCAGGGCGAUAUGGACCGGCUCCGGAUAGUCCAUAUCUCCUCAACUGGGUCCUCCUCGCGCUCGCAGUUCACGGCCCGAAACAACGAUAAACUGCUGUCCCCGGGGGUCUUCGGUAUCUCGCCGCUCCAGCUGGCCGUGAUGCACCAGAACUUGGCGUUCAGUGGUGACAAUCUCUGUCUUCUGGCAAUCAAACGACCGACAUCCGGGUCAUCGUCGUCAUGGCGAGCGUGUAUUGAAAAAUACGAGGCAGCGAGCGGUAAGAACGGCGGCGUGACUGUGAUCAAGAGCUUCCGCAAUAUCCACCCGCACGAGAAUGGCGAGACGCUGCUGCGGGCGACGACGGGCAUGUUUGUGCCGCACCGGCUGGCGCAGGCGCUGGUGCUCAAGGAAGACGAUUACGCGACACGUACAAGCUCGCUGCUCUUCGAUCUCGUCCUACCACGCUUCAUGGUCAAAUCGGAAUGGGUCUCGCUCUGCCACAAGCGAGGCUAUGGUGUCAAUUCACACCUGGCGUGGCAGAAUACCGCCAUUUUUGGAAACGACUUCUCUGAGCUAGUCGAGCUGGCGCACGGGGGAGAUGGCAUGGCUUUCUAUCACUAUGGCUCAGAUGCCGAAUACCACAAGAUGCUCGCAGGCGUCCGAGAGGAUCCUCGCCUCAACAGCCUUGCCUACGUUGGCGCGGCGGUGAACUGGCUGCAGGCCACCCAGGCGAGACGCACACAUUCGAGACCGGCACGUGGAGGAGAGUAA